GUUUUGAUCGACCCACCACACCUGGUCAUUUGCAUCGUCAACAUCCACGAUUCCCAACGACCACCUCUUCAAUGUCAAGUCUCGAAGGACGAGGAGGCACCGGUGCGCCCCCCAUGUCGAUUCCUCCUUCGUCAACCACCAACGAGUCUCCCGGACCCCAUGUCGGCCUCUCUCCCGAGUCGAUCCACAACAAGCCUCACACACGCUCUCCUCCAUUUCAAGCGCCCAAGAGCCCGAUGCCACCCACGGCAAACCUUGGAGCAUGGUCUGCCGACGCGCAGGGAGGACGGGAGGGCGACGAAGACGGGGACAAGGGGUUAGAUGAGCAAGCGGACGGUGUAAAGAGGCCAUCGCCCUUGAGUUCAGGUGGACAAGCCGGGGCCGUAGACAGCGCCGGGUCGAAUCCCUCGCCGCCUCCAGAAGUUGAAGCAACAAUCUCAAAGCUCACCUCGCACGCCAAUGUCCUGGGCGUCCUCGUCCUCUCGCGGCCAGAGGCCCUAGUGAUCCGCUCCGGGGGCGCCUACUUUGAGCCCAUUGGUCCCGGCGCUAGGGAGAGAGCCAUGCGGCUCAAGAAUGUUGUCGAGAUGGUCCGGAACAGUGUCGGCGGGCUCGAGAGGGAUGUGCCGAAGACAGAAGCCGGGGACGAGGUGGCAUUCUUGAGAAUACGGACGAAGAAGUACGAAAUGAUGAUCACGCCAAGCGAGAAAUACCUCUUUGUUGUCUUACAGGAUCCUACGGCGAGCGCCCCUUCCUAAUUUAACUUGUGCCUUUGCGGAUACCCCCCCGGUCAGUCCCAUCGCCAAACUUGACCGGAGCUCUUUUCCCAUUUCUCGUUUCCCACUGUCCCUAUCUCGAUUCACUCUCGCCUCCCUUGUCUGUACUCUAUCCAGAUCUCAAAUAACAGAU